AUGCCCGCAAAGUCGCGAUUCACAAGGCUAGAUGCCUUCGCCAAGACCGUCGAAGAUGCGCGCAUUCGUACCAACUCCGGUGGUGUGAUCACAAUUGCCUCACUACUAGUGGUCUUGUGGCUAGUAUGGGGAGAAUGGGCCGACUACCGCCGUGUGGUCGUGCACCCGGAACUGAUCGUCGAUAAGUCGAGAGGCGAGAGAAUGGAAAUUCAUUUGAACAUGACUUUCCCCCGGUUGCCAUGCCAGCUUCUGACUUUGGAUGUCAUGGAUGUGUCUGGAGAGCAGCAAGUAGGCGUGGCGCAUGGCGUGAACAAGGUGCGCCUGGCCGCUGCUUCGGAGGGAGGCAAGGUCAUUGAUAUCCAAUCUUUGGACCUACACUCCCCCGCCGAUGCCGCCACACAUCUGGAUCCUGACUACUGUGGUGAGUGCUAUGGAGCACCCGCUCCCGAGAAAGCAGUCAAGGCAGGCUGCUGUAACACCUGCGAUGAAGUGCGUGAAGCCUACGCGUCGAAGUCGUGGGCUUUCGGUAUCGGAGAGAACGUGGAGCAGUGCACCCGGGAAGGAUAUGGCGAGAAGCUGACGGCCCAGCGCCGCGAAGGAUGUCGCAUUGAAGGUGUGCUCCGCGUCAACAAGGUUGUCGGCAACUUCCACAUUGCGCCUGGCCGCAGUUUCACAAACAUGAACAUGCACGCCCACGAUUUGGAGAACUACUACCUGGACAGUCAAUCCGCCCCCGAGAACGUGCACACAAUGGCACACGAGAUCCACGAGCUCCGCUUCGGUCCCCAGCUCCCCGUUGAGCUUUCCGAGCGUUGGCAAUGGACCGAGGAUCACCAUAUCAACCCGCUCGACGGUACCUCCCAGAGCACUGAUGCGCCCGAUUACAACUUCAUGUAUUUCCUGAAGAUUGUUUCGACAUCUUACCUGCCCCUGGGCUGGGACCCGACAUUCUCGACUGCCAUUCACAGUGCCUAUGACAAGGCCCCCCUUGGUAGCCACGGACUUGCUUAUGGCUCACAUGGUAGCAUCGAGGCCCACGAGUACUCUGUUACCUCACACAAGCGUUCCCUGAAGGGUGGAAAUGAUGCUGCCGAUGGACACGAGGAGCGUAUGCACGCUGCUGGUGGUAUCCCCGGUGUGUUCUUCAACUAUGAUAUCUCUCCCAUGAAGGUGAUCAACCGUGAGACUCGCCCUAAGACUUUUACCGGCUUCUUGACUGGUGUCUGCGCUAUCAUUGGAGGCACCCUCACAGUUGCUGCUGCUCUGGACCGAGGCUUCUAUGAAGGCGGCAUGCGUAUUAAGAAGAUCCACUCAAACUAG